AUGCCUCCUAAGAAGAAGGGAAACAAGCGGCAAGAGGAGGACUGGGAAGCCGAUCUCGGCGAGUCCGCCCCCGCCACCGAUGCUCCCGUCGACGACCAGCCCCAGGACGGGGAAGAUGAGGAAUCGACGGGCGGUGGUGGCCUCAUGGCUGCUUUGAGGAAGAACAAGGAAAAGAAGAAGAAGAAGGGCAAGGCCAACGACUUCGUUGAAGGUGAAGACCCUGCCGCCGACCUCGCCAGCAAGGCACCCGAGGUGGGCACCUUCGAUGAUGACGAUGUCUUUGCCGGCAAGGCGACGAAGAAGCCCAUCAAGGAUACUCCUGCUCCCAAGGCCGAUGAGCCCGAAGAGGGCGAGUUCCGCGUGAAGUCCAAGAAGGAGAAGGAGAAGGAGAAGAAGGAGCGUGAGAAGGCGCGAAAGAGAGAACAGGCCCUCGCAAAGAAGAAGUCUGCUCCCCCAACGAAGGCUGAGCCCGCUGCCGAGAUCAAGAAGGACGAGCCCGCCCCGGCCGCUGCUGCAGAGCCUGCGGGAGGCAAGAAGAAGAAGCUCCCACCCCAUCUGGCAGCUCUUCAGAAACAGCAGGAGCUGCUCCGCCAGCAGCGUGAGGAGGAGGAGCGGUUGGCUGCCGAGGAGAAAGCCGCCCUUGCCGAGCAGCAACGCCUGGAGGAAGAGGAAGAGGCUAAGCGCGAAGAGGUCCGUCAAAAGAAGCGUGAGAGGGAGCGUGAGAAGAGAGAGCAGCUCCGCAAGGAGGGCAAGCUUCUCACCAAGGCUCAGCGUGAGGCUCAGCUGCGCAAUGAGAUGCGUAUGAAGCAGAUGCUUGAGGCUGGCGUGGGUAAGGUUGCCGGUCUGGAAGAGGGUGCUGCUGAGAAGAAGCGCCCCGUCUACGAGAACCGCAAGAAGAAGGGCGGCAAGAAGCAAGAAGAGGAUCUUGAGGCUGCCGCUGAACGUGCCCGCCUCCAGCGUGAGGCUGAAGACGAACGCCGCCGCAAGGAGGCCGAGGAGAAGGCCAAGGCUGAGGCUGAGGCCGAGGCUGCCGCUAAGGCUGCUCCUCCUGUCGAGAAGGACGACGAUGCCGUGGAUGACUGGGAAGCGGCUGCUGAUGAGGACGUUAAGGAUAGUUGGGACGCUCCUUCCGAUGAUGAGGAGAAGCCUGCUGCCAAUGGCGCCGCUAAGGAAGAGGGCGAUUCGAAGGAGGACGAGGAUUCAGAUGAAGAUUCUGAAGACGACUCCUCUUCCGAGGAAGACUCGGAGGACGAGGAGCAGUCAGCCAACAAGAGAGCCAUUGCACUGAGAAAGGCCGAGGCUGCCGAGCGGAGGAAGAGGCAGCACGAGGAGGCCCUCGCUGCUCGUUCCAAGGACAACCUGCGCUCGCCCAUUUGCUGUAUUCUCGGUCACGUCGAUACCGGAAAGACCAAGCUUUUGGACAAGAUUCGUCAGACCAACGUUCAGGAAGGUGAAGCUGGUGGUAUUACUCAGCAGAUCGGUGCUACUUACUUCCCCGUCGAGGCUCUGCAGCAGAAGACCGCCGUUGUCAACAAGGACGGCAAGUUCGAGUUCAAGGUUCCCGGUCUGUUGAUCAUUGAUACCCCUGGUCACGAGUCUUUCUCCAACCUGCGUUCCAGAGGUUCCUCUCUUUGCAACAUUGCCAUCCUUGUUGUUGAUAUCAUGCACGGUCUCGAGCCCCAGACCCUCGAGUCUAUGCGCUUGCUGCGUGACCGCAAGACUCCUUUCAUUGUGGCGCUGAACAAGAUCGAUCGUCUGUACGGCUGGAAGAAGAUUGACAACAACGGUUUCGAGGAUAGUCUGAAUAUGCAGAGCAAGGGUGUCCAGAACGAGUUCCGCACUCGUCUGGAGGAUACCAAACUGGCUUUCGCCAACCAGGGUUUCAACUCGGAGCUCUUCUUCGAGAACAAGUCCAUGGCCCGCUAUGUGUCCCUGGUGCCCACUUCCGCCCACACCGGUGAGGGUGUUCCUGACAUGCUGAAGCUUCUCACCUCUUUGAGUCAGGAGCGUAUGACAAACUCUCUGAUGUACCUGUCUGAGGUUGAGUGCACUGUCCUGGAAGUGAAGGUUAUCGAAGGUCUUGGUACCACCAUUGACGUGAUUCUGUCCAACGGUAUUCUGCGCGAGGGUGAUCGCAUUGUUAUGUGCGGUCUCAACGGCCCUAUCACAACCAACAUUCGAGCACUCUUGACACCCGCCCCGCUCAAGGAGUUGCGUCUGAAGUCAGCAUACGUCCACAACAAGGAGGUCAAGGCCGCGCUCGGUGUCAAGAUCGCUGCCAACGAUCUUGAGCACGCCAUUGCUGGUUCUCGUUUGAUGGUUGUCGGUCCUGACGACGAUGAGGAGGACCUGGAGGAGGAAGUCAUGUCUGAUCUGGAGAACUUGCUGAGCAAGGUCUCUACUGACGCACGUGGUGUCAGUGUUCAGGCUUCGACUCUGGGUUCCCUGGAGGCCCUUCUGGAGUUCCUGAGGGUCUCCAAGAUCCCCGUGGCCAACAUUUCCAUUGGUCCCGUCUACAAGCGCGAUGUCAUGAUGGCUGGAGCCAUGUUGGAGAAGGCCAAGGAAUACGCCGUUAUGCUUUGCUUCGAUGUCAAGGUUGACAAGGAAGCUGCCGCGUACGCUGCUGACGUUGGCGUCAAGAUCUUUACCGCAGACAUCAUCUACCACCUGUUCGACGACUUCACCAAGCACAUGGAGGAGCUGAAUGAGCAGCGCAAGGAGGAUAGCAAGUUGCUUGCCAUCUUCCCCUGUGUGAUCCAGCCCGUCGCCAUCUUCAACAAGAAGGAUCCCAUCGUCAUUGGUAUCGAUGUGCUCGAGGGAAGCUUGCGGAUGCACACCCCGCUGGCGGCUGUCCGUACCAAUGCCGCCGGUGUCCGGGAGGUUGUCGACAUUGGCAGAGUGACAUCCAUCGAGCGUGAUCACAAGGCCAUUCCGGUUUGCAAGAAGGGCCAGCCCUCCGUCGCCAUCAAGGUCGAGGGUCCCAACCAGCCCAUGUACGGCCGCCAUUUGGAAGAGAAGGACACUCUGUACUCGCACAUCUCGCGUGCCAGUAUCGACACCCUCAAGAAGUUCUAUCGCUCCGAGGUGACGAUGGAGGAGUGGGGUCUGGUCAAGAAGCUCAAGCCCGUCUUCGAUAUUCCUUGA